AUGUCCUUUAAAAGUGUUAUUGAUAGAGUUGAGAAAAAGCUCCAAAUUUGGAAACCUAAGAAUCUGUCUUGUGCUGCUAAAUCUACUUUAAUUCAUACUUCUUCUACUACUGUUCCUAUGUAUCAAAUGAAUUGCUUUAGAAUCCCAGUUGAAGUUUCUAACAAGAUUGACAACAUUCAGCGAGAUUUUUUUUGGGGAAAAGAUGUCUCUGUUAUUAGAGGAAUCUAUCCAAAAGCUUGGGGUAAAGUUUGCAUCCCAAAGGAGUUAGGGGUGAUGGGAUUUCUUAAUCUUCGGAGUUUCAACAGUGCAAUGUUAGCAAAGAUCAAUUGGAGACUUGUACAGGAUCCAGAUGCUAUGCUAGCUCAGGUAAUGAAGAACAAGUACUAUCCGGAACAUAGUCUCCUUAACAACGAGAUAGUGUGUCAUGCAACUUCUUCUUGGGGUUGGAAAAACAUCAACAAAGAAAUGCCCAAAAUCAGGUACAACUCUACUUGGGUGGUGGGAAAUGGGAAGACAAUACGAAUCUGGGAGGAUUGGUGGUGCAUUGAGAUAGCUGGCAAUCCUAAGCCUUUGAAUGAACAAAGCAUGAGUGUUACUUAUGUUGCUGAGUUAAUGGAGUGCAUUGGGGACAGAUGGAAAUGA